GUGUUUGCAUCAGCGUGGUCAGCACUCACCGGCGAAGUUACUACUGAGCAGCGGCUUGUCUUGUUUAAAAGUGAUAAAAAAUAACAACCAGUCUUUAGUUUGUGUGGCAACCAACGGACAAAUGAAUCUGUUCGUAAGUGAAGGCAACCCGCACUGCCUGAAGGCGCUAGCAGCGUUAGAAGCGACGGGAGUGCAGUGCGGCGUCCAGUUUGUCAACCACGAUGAAAGGGUGGUGCCUUUCCUCAGCCGUCCAACAUUGCCAGCUUUGGUCCUGCCCAGUGGACAAUACCUUUUCAGUUCCAAUGCCAUCUGCCGAUACCUGUUUGAAGUAAAUGGACAAGAAUGCAGUGAGCUUUGCGAUCAAUGGCUGGAAUGGGAGGCCACAGUUCUUCAGCCUGCAUUGCAGCAGGCUCUUCACAUGGCAGUGCUGCAGGGGAAGAGUUCAGAGGUGUCCAAGGUUCUCCAGGGUCCAAUAAACGUCUUGGAACAAAGCUUGAGCAAAAGGAACACACCUUAUUUAACUGGGGAUUCUGUUUCAGCUGCUGAUCUUGUUUUGUGGGCCGGAUUCUUUCCUGUUUUAUCUGAUUCUUCACUAACACUGGGUGAACACAAGUCUUUGAAGGCUUGGUUUGACCGUGUGGCUGCUAUGAACGCUUGUCAGUCUGCUGCUCAGAAAGUGCUACAGGGAAAAGGUCUGCAGGGCAUGAAAAGCUAUAUGCUGAGGCAGCCUGCUCCUCAGAGCAGCCAGUGCAGAGAGACACAGCCAUGCAAUAGCAACUCUGCUGAGGAAGAAGGAGGUGAGCGUGUUGUUUCAGAGGAGGAGAUGGAAGCAGCAGCUCUCACUUGGAGUAAGGGUUUGAACACUUGCCCUCCAGCUACAAAAAAGCAACACCCCAUUUUGCCUCAGGAGGGCAAGCGAAAUGUCCUGGUGACCAGCGCCUUGCCUUAUGUCAAUAAUGUUCCCCACCUGGGUAACAUUAUUGGCUGUGUCCUCAGUGCUGAUGUCUUCUCCAGGUAUGGCCACCUACGAGGCUGGAAUAUGUUGUUUGUGUGUGGCACAGAUGAGUAUGGCACUGCUACAGAGAACAAGGCCAGAGAGGAGGGCCUGACACCCCAACAGAUCUGUGACAAGUACCAUGCUGUUCACUCCAGCAUCUACAAAUGGUUCCAGAUUGACUUUGACUAUUUUGGCAGAACCACCACCGAGAAGCAGACAGAGAUAGCUCAAGAUAUUUUCUGGCGACUUCAUGAGCGUGGUUUCCUAAUAGAAGACACAGUGGAGCAGCUACGCUGUGAAAACUGUCAGCGAUUCCUGGCUGACCGCUUUGUAGAAGGUAUCUGUCCACACUGCAGUUACCCUGAAGCUCGUGGUGACCAGUGUGACAAGUGUGGGCGACUCAUCAAUGCUGUGGACCUCAGGGAACCUCAAUGUAAGGUCUGUAGGCAGACUCCAGUCAUCCGCUCCUCUAAGCAUCUUUUCCUGGACCUGCCAAAGCUGGAAAGUCAGUUGGAGCAGUGGCUGGAGAAGUCAACCAGCACAGGAGAUUGGACAGCAAAUGCCAAACAGAUCACUCGCUCCUGGCUAAGAGAUGGACUCAAACCUCGCUGCAUCACCAGAGACCUGCAGUGGGGAACACCAGUACCUCACGCUGACUUUAAAGAGAAGGUGUUCUACGUGUGGUUUGAUGCCCCCAUUGGUUAUCUGUCCAUUACGGCCAACUACACCAGCGAAUGGGAGAAGUGGUGGAAGAAUCCCCAUCAGGUGGAGCUGUACAACUUCAUGGCCAAAGACAAUGUGCCUUUUCACAGUGUGGUGUUCCCCUGCUCUCUACUGGGAGCCCAGGACAACUACACUCUUGUCAACCACCUCAUUGCCACAGAAUAUCUGAAUUAUGAGGACACAAAGUUCUCCAAGAGCCGUGGUGUGGGUGUGUUUGGAGACAUGGCGAAGGACACCGGUAUCCCUUCUGAUGUGUGGAGAUUCUACCUCCUGUAUGUGCGUCCAGAGGGACAGGAUUCAGCUUUCUCUUGGGCAGACAUGGCUCUGAAGAACAACUCUGAACUGCUCAACAACCUGGGCAAUUUCAUCAACAGAGCUGGCAUGUUUGUCACCAAGUUCUUUGAGGGCUGUGUGCCUGUGAUGGAGCUACAGGAGGAAGAUAAGAAGCUUCUGGCUCUGGUGAGCUGGGAGCUGCAGCAGUACAUCCAGCUCAUGGACAAAAUCAAAAUCCGCGAUGCGCUGAAACACAUCCUGAAUAUCUCUCGUCACGGCAAUCAGUACAUUCAGGUCAAUGAACCCUGGAAGAAGAUCAAGGGAGGAGAUUCAGAAAGGCAGCGUGCAGGCACGGUGACUGGUGUGUCUGUGAAUAUUGCGUGCUUGCUGUCGGUGAUGCUCUUCCCGUAUAUGCCAGCGGUCAGCCAAACAAUCAGGGAUCAACUCAACGCCCCUCCAUCUUGCAUCAACACCAUGUUAGAAGGCAAUGGCACCUUUGUAUGUUCCCUGAGUGCAGGCCACCGGAUUGGCGCAGUCAGUCCGUUAUUCCAGAAACUGGAGGCGGAUCAGAUUGAAGCUUUGAAGAAGAAAUUUGGUGGACAGCAGCCUGAAGAUGAACCACCUAAGAAGAAGACAACAGUUCGUAACGCUGCCAGCGCUCAGUCUGCUGCUGUGCCAGCUCCUGCUGUAGCUGUUGAGGUGGGGACGGUGACCCAAGUGGACCCGGAGAAAGCCAAGCAGCUCACCCAGGCUGUGGCGGAGCAGGGGGAGAAGGUCCGAGCACUCAAAGCCCAGAAAGCAGAGAAGGCCGUGAUCACAGCAGAGGUGGCCAAACUGUUGGACCUUAAGAAACAGCUAGCCCUGGCUGAGGGGAAGAACCCUGAGCCUGCACCUCAAAAGGGCAAGAAGAAAUGAAAUUUAAAAAGGGAAAGAAAAAAGGACGGAGGUUAGUCUAAGUAUGGGUCGAGGUAUGAUAGUGGAGAACGGGAACAAGAUGUACACAGAGAGAGAGAGAGAGAGCAAGAUGAGGGUAUUAGCUUAAGGCAAAGCCGUGACAGGAUCUAAGACAAUGUGGUAUUGGCACUGAGGACUAAUGAAAUGCUGGAUAGGCCGACGGGGAAAUGAAAACAGACAAAGAGAGAGUCAAAUGAAUACAGCUACAGAAUGGAGGGAUUUUUUCAAAUCCCUACACCAAAAGAAACUGAUUUUAUACUCUCCCUGUGAUAAAGUCAGCAUACGAUAUUAGUGUUGGAAGGUGUGUUGUGCAUCUAAAGAUGUUUUUAUAUAUAUAUAUAUAAAUCCUCUGGAAAUUUGUUUUGCUACGAAUACCAUUUUUAGAUCCAUAAAAUAAA